AUGCUUUCAUUCAGAACAAAGGGCUACAAUGGGUAUGCCGUCAAGUAUUCACCAUUCUAUGACAACAAGUUAGCAGUGGCCACAUCCUCAAAUUAUGGGCUUGUGGGUAAUGGGAGAUUAUACAUUUUAUCAAUCAAUGCCAAUGGACAAAUAGGCAAUGAUGUGUUCUUCGAUACUCAAGAUGGUCUAUUUGAUCUAGCUUGGUCAGAAAUGCAUGAAAACCAUGUUGCUACAGCGAAUGGUGAUGGUUCUAUAAAGAUAUUUGAUACUGGAGUUGGACAAUUCCCCAUUUUGCAAUUAAAAGAACAUCAGAGAGAAGUGUUCUCGUUGAAUUGGAAUCUAAUAGAGAAAACUAAUCUCGUUAGUUCCAGUUGGGACGGUACGAUAAAGAUAUGGACACCAAGCAGAAAACAAUCAUUGCUGACAUUGAACACUGUGAAACCUCAUGCUCAAAAUAAUUGUGUUUAUCAAACUGUGUUUUCUCCUCAUAAUCCAAGCAUGUUGGUUAGUGCUAAUGCAAACUCACAUAUUCAAGUAUGGGAUACAAGAUUACCAAAUCCUAAUAUACUGGAUUUCAUAGGGCAUGGUGGUGCUGAAACAUUAUCCUGUGAUUGGAAUAAAUAUAGACCUACAGUCAUUGCAACAGCAGGUGUUGAUAAGCUUAUAAAAGUAUGGGAUCUCCGUAUGAUUGAUGGCACAGGUUCACCACCAUUACCUCCACAUCAUAAGAUAGGGCCAGCUCCACUGAAUCAACUUAUUGGUCAUGAUUUUGCAAUUAGAAGAGUCGUGUGGAGUCCUCAUGAUGGAGGUGAUUUGCUAAGUUGUAGUUAUGAUAUGACUAGUCGUAUAUGGAAGGAUCAAACAGAUGUUAAGACAAGGGGUGCUUUGAAUAAUAGGUUUCAGAAAAAUGCAACUUCAAAAAUAUUUGGAAUGCAUAAAGAAUUCGUCAUUGGUGGUGAUUAUAGUUUAUGGGGUGAUCCUGGAUGGGUUGCAACUACAGGUUGGGAUGAAAUGGUUUAUGUUUGGGAUUCAAAACGUUUAUAA